AUGGCAGACGCACCACACGCGCUACACGCCUCGUCGACGACAACGACGGGGGUACACGCCGGCGAGCCCUUUGGCGACGAAGAGAGCCUGACGCCGCUGGAGCAGGAGGUUCUGGACGAGUAUGCGCGGUUGCUGGCGAACAUGAACUCGAUGGCCGCCCUCCUCGCGUCGCUCAGCGAGCAGCCCAGCGCGGCGAUUCUAGAUGGCCUGAGGGGGCUGGAGCGGAAGACGAGUCUGGUGUUUACGCUGCUCAAGGCUAGCGUGUAUAGCAUUGUGCUCAAUCAGCAGAUUCAGGAUGGGGGACAGCAGCAACAGGAGGAUGGUGCGCGGGAGGGGGGGAGUGAGGGGUGGGAAUAG